AUGUCGUCUAUUGACAACGAGCAGUUGGGCAACUCCUUCGUACGCCAUUUUGUCAGUGGACAACGCCCGAAAAGGCCAGCAGACCACCUGCUCACCAUCAGGCAUGGGGAGAAGGAAACUCUGAGGUCAUAUGUGAAGCAUUUCACCAGGGAGACCUUGGAAUUAGACGAAGCAGAUGACAAAGUGCAGCUAACAACUUUCAAGGCCGGGUUAAAAUCUAGAGAGUUCGUGGUCGCACUCGCGAAGAGCCCUUUUCAGACGAUGGCGGAAAUACUUCUGAAAGCCCAGAAAUACAUGAACGCUAAAGAUGCCCUAGCAAUAAUCAGAGACAAAGAGACGCCCAGGGAGAAGGAAGGAAAGGGAGAAGACCGAAGAGGACAAAAAAGGGAAAGAGGAGAUCAAUAG